GACGAGAAGUGCACAGAGAAGAUUGACAUUUACUCCUUGUCAAUGAUGAUGUGGGAGAUGCUCACGUCCAAGCUGCCGUGGGACGGCUCAAACUUUCAAGACGUGAGGCAGGCAGUGGCUCACCUGGGGGAGCGACCUCCCAUCCCAGCAGACACGCCUCUACAGUUGGCGGACUUGCUCAGAGACUGCUGGCAUAUGGAUCCCGAGCAGCGGCCGUCAGCAGCGGCAGUCCUGCAACGCAUCGCACAGAUGGGCGUCAGGUGA